UUUCAAAGACCUUAGCCGUCUGUCAAAAAAAACCCUAGCCGUAGUCCUCUUGGUUUUUAGGUUUCUUUCUAGGAGAGAGAGUUCUGUAUUAUUUUUUAGUUCGUAAGUUUUUUCGUAUACUGAACAAUCUUUUGUUACCGAUUCAUAAAUUUCUCGAGGAAGUUCUUGGGAUUUCGAAAAGAAAAAGCCGAUAAUGUCUCGGUGUUUUCCUUACCCGCCUCCAGGAUAUUUAAGGCAGGGGUUUGCUGAAUCCAUUAAGCUCGAGAAAGAGAAGGUACCGUCCAAAAGAGAACAGAGAUUACACAAGAGAAGUGAGAAGAAGCAGAAAAAGAAGGAAAGAGAAAGAAAGGAUAAAACUCACGGUCUCACCAAGAAAUUUAAGCAUGAUGAUUCCCUAAAUGUCUAUAAAGAUGACCAAUUGGAGAAUAGUGAUCUUACCGAAGAACAUGGGCCACCUGUUUGCUACACAUCUGAUGGCAGCCAAAACAGCAACAAGAGGAAAAGGGAAACUUUAUUCUCUAGUGAAAGCAGGGUUAAUGAUAAUGCCUUAAAGAUACGGUUUACCUUGAAAAAGCCUUGUCAAUCUGCUGCAUCUCUUAGUGAAGAAACAGUCUCUACCUCUGUGAGGUCGGAUUCCACUCGAGAGCAAUGUUCAUCUUGGAGUAUAAAAGCUAAUACAGUUACUCAUGUGCCUGAACAAAAUCUAUGGCACAAUGAUGAAAGGAGAGCACAAAUUCCCUCUUCCGAAACUUCAGUGCGUGACAGUGAGAUGCAGAAGGCUGCAUUGCCAUAUGAAAGCUUGAUCGAGGGUUGGAUGCCACCUCUCGUUGAGCUAAAUGAUGACAGCGGUGAUAACUGGCUUUUUAAGGUCAAGCAGCAAGGACAAACGGCCGCUAAAACAUCUAAAGUUGACAGUGGUGUUACUACUUGUCGUGGUUGUGCAACUUCAUGGCCAAGUGCUCAGUUUGUUUCUGAGGCUGAUAUUUAUGCACUGCCUUAUACCAUUCCAUUUUGAUUGUUAUAGCAAUCUGACAACAGCACUUAGUGGAGGGUAGUUUUUUCCUCCUCCACAAUGAGCGCGACCCUAAUUCUUUUAAUCAGUUUCCUAAAGUUUGUAUUGAAGAGCAGAAAGGCGAGAUUGGGCUACAAUCCCGACCUGUGACACAAUUUUGUUUGUUGGCCAAACACUAGCAUGUAUCAUUUUAUAAAAUUUCUAAUUGGAAAUAGGAUUUCCACCGAA